CGCAGACGGUCCAGGCACGUGCGGAUGGCAUGUUCGGUGCGGCGAUCCUGCUGACGGCGCUGCUGGCCGCCCAGGCCGACGGCAAGGUGGUGAGGGGCCAUCUCAGCACCAGAGAGCAAUGGGCCUUCCUCACACGGUUCUGUUUCCUCUCUGGAGAGGGGAUGUUCACCUACGAAGUGGAAUACGAAUCGAAAUAUGCCGUGCAGAAGCUGCUACUCUACUAUGAUACAGAAGACCAGUGGCCGGCCGUCUACAAGAGCGGCAAGACUUGUGAGGAGAAGCUGGCGGUGCUGGACGAGCCGAUGCGUCACCAAUUCGUCAACCUGAGCACGCAGUUCAGCACGUUCAGCGGGUGCGAGGCUCGCCGUCGCACGGACCGCGAGCCCACCUACGUCUGCCGCGGCAACCGCACCUUCUUCUCGGCCAGGGAGCGCUGGUGGUUCAUCGCCGUCAGCAACUGCGAGUCGGAAAAGGGCCUUAGCCUGACUUACAACUUUCUUAUGACCAACGGGCCACCUGACAGCCUUUGGACCUACCAGUUCUCGGCCGACGAGAUGCACAUCCUAAGGACAAACAUGUGCAUGCUAGGCAUUCAGACUGCAAUUCUUUUCAUAAGUAUCGUUCUUGCAGCGGAGCUACGCUCCCGUGGUCUCUUCCACACCACCUACAAGUUGUUUAUGGCGGCCGUGCUGCUGCAGACGGCCGGCCUGGUGCUGCUUUUCGCCUCCUACCGCUGCUACGCCAACGACGGCGAGGGCCUGCCGAAGAUCAAGCUGGCAGGCCGGAUCCUGGAGGCUGGCAGUGACUUCACGUUCCUGCUGCUGCUGCUUCUCUGCGCCAAGGGGUACACGAUCACCCGUGGCCGCCUUCGGCAGGCCAGCGCCAUCAAGCUGACCAUCUUCUUAUCACUCUACGUGGUCUCCUGGGGCAUCCUAUUCGUCUAUGAGCAGCUGUUUUUCGACCCGGGCGAGGUCCUGUACCUGUACGAAUCGCCGGGAGGCUACGGUCUGGUCGUGCUCAAGAUCCUGGGCUGGGCCAUGUUCGUGUACUCUACUUCCUUCACCAUAAAACACUACCCAGAGAAGUGGGGCUUCUUCCUGCCCUUUUCCACCAUGUAUACAGUCUGGUUUCUGUCCGCUCCCAUGGUGAUCGUAUGCGCCAACUACCUGAUCGACAAAUGGGUGCGGGAGAAGGUGGUGAACGGCGUCGAACAUGGCAUCACCUUCGUCGGGCACAUUUUCUUCCUGAUUUUGACUCGCCCUACCGCAGCCAACAAGAAUUUUCCAUUUCACGUCCGGACGUCGCAGAUUAGCGUUAUGGAGCAGAUGCCUAACGGAACGGCUGGGAACAACAACCUGGACCAUUUUUCUGCACACGCGUACGCGCCCAGCGCCCCGCUGGCGGUGCUCGGCAGCCAGCAGAGCACACCCACCGAACUGUUCGUCAUCAGCACGUCCACUGAGAGGCCCACGGCGAGCAAUGGAAAGCCAUACGUGAAGCAGGAUGCCAGUUUUCCCCACCAGCUAAACGCCAACGUACGUGAUGACUGACCCGAGACGGUUGGCACUUCAUCCGAGACACAAUACUUCCGCCAAGUUAAAUAGUGAAUUAUUCCAUGCAUGGCUGCGUAUAUGGUACGCAAGGGCAUCUUCAGAAGUAUAUGAACAGUAAAGUACGGCGUUAUGCCAUCACGUUAUGACAAUCAUUACGGUCUGGAAAGCCUUGCUCUCGGUCACGCUGUUUCGCCAAACUCCGGACACCACAACGCGGACAAGUUAAGGAAAGCGGCCAUGACGCCGUUUUCUUCGGACCGCAUAUCCUGUUUGUAUUGCUUGCCACAUAUCCGAUGUGGCAAGUUAGCUGGGACCGCUUGUGCCGGUCCACGUUUGCAGUCACUCCCAUGGAUAUGUACAGUCAAUUUGCACAUGCCUGUGGUAAUUUAGAAAAAAAAACUAUCAGUCCCUGUGAGGCUAUUUAUGGAAUGACAGCUGAAUGUUCUCAUGAACGGUCACACUGUGUGUUGUAUUUGCCCAUCGCACUAUUUGUAGCUCGGAUGUUCUCAUUUUGCUACUGUCCACGUGAAUAUGGUGUCUGUUAACUGGCAGAAGGGUGUCAUAGCAUUGGUGGCGCAGGACGGUUUUCGUUGCCGCAGCGACUCAUGGUCAGCAUGAGCUGACAUAGCCAUGCUUGCGGAAGCUGUCUUUAUAGGUAGAACCAUAUCUUUAUAGAGAAUCUAUCCCUGUCUCGAUCGUUAAUUUAGUGCAUUUAUGCAGCGAUAUUGAUUAACGCGAUGUUUGCCAUCUACGUUGCGCGCUACGCAUUCGACGUUUUCAACAUAUUGGUGAAGCGUAUCA